GCGUGCGCGUCUGACGUAGCCUUUCACCCUUUCGCGCCGCGGUUUGACCUUAGAAAAGCCAGCUGAUCGUUCGCGAGUUAGAGUUCGUUCGUUUACCUUUCGUCGCCGAGGUUGACGAUGUUAAAGCGUGUCGUCGCAGCAUCGAUGUCGGGCCAAUGAGCCCGGUGAAACGAAACGACGCCACAAAUCGGCGGCAACUACCGGCGCAUCGAGUAACAUUCGAUCGUGCGUGACAGCGCAGCCCUUUCCCCCGCUCCUGUAUCCCCGCUUUCGUCCAUCUAUGAUACACCCCACUCCAUCAACCUAUCAUAUUUCGAUUCAUCCCCCUCUCUCGUUUAUCCUCUCUUCCUUCCGCUGCCCUUCAAGCAUCAUUUCCUCAGAGUUAUUCGAAGUACAAACAUCGUUCUCGUUGUCAUCGGCUAGAUUUGCACAGAUAUAAAUACGUAUACAUAUCUCUAUUUGUACUUGAUCUUAUAAAAAUUAAUUGUGUGUGUGCGCGUAUAUUUCGUGCUUCUUCGGAAACAACACACUGUUACCGCGGCCGUAGCAUUGUAUGCACGUACGUAUUUUGAAACUUGCUCUUUAAGGCAAAAAGAGUAAAAGGAUAAUUAAGAAUAACAAGACGCGAAAUAUAAGCGAGAAGAAGGUGGCGAGAGUGACGAAACUGUGUAAAAACAUUCAUCGAUCUUGUUGUCGAUUUGAAAUGCUACUUUGAUACAUUUAUUUCUCGUAGAGCGUGAAGUUUCCGACGGUACUUAUUCGCGACGGAAUAUUUCGUAUUACACUUUAUUCAGUUCGCAAUCACGAUUACGAUUGUGCGCACACACUUGUCGCACCACCGUGAAUCGCAUUUUUGCGAAUUUUCAUAACGCGUACGCGUUUCGUGUGUCACCGCGUCACAAAAAGCAGCCAAAAUUCGGGUUAAAAAUCCGGAUCCGAGGAAAGAGUCCUCUGCAAGUAGAAUGGAUCCCGGUAGAGAUCCGGAUCAGGACCGGGACAAUCCUGGUGGAGGUAUGGCUAACGGAGAUAACGAGAUGAAUGGAGUUAACGGGGCCAACGGAACUAAUGGACAAUAUCGGUCACCAGAGUCAUUUCACGAAAAUGAUGAAUCGGACUCAGGGGGUGAAGAUGUCCCAGAUGAGGGGGAAGAACUUCCGAAUCCUCCUUCGCAAUCUCCGUUGGAUCCUGCAACCGCAGCUUCAUUGGCACAAUUGACCGGUUAUAUGAAUCCAGUAGCGUUUCAUCUGCCCAAGUUUAAAUUGUCCGAGAACGGCGAUGUCGAACUGCCAGGUAGAAAUGGUUUGGAAGCGUUACAGAAUGCAAUGAGCAGCGGACACAUGCCUUUCAACAUCUUUCCACCUUCAAUGUAUAUGCCACCGUUAUCGCAGCAGAUCUCACAGAUCGUAGAUCAUCACUCGCCAGUCGCACCAAACAUAGGAAGUGUAUCCGAAAAUCAAAUGGUUAUGCCUUCGUCCUCCAAAUCGCAGCCGAACGAUUCUCCGGGAAGACAUAACGGAGAAUCCUCGCAAGGAAGUUCCAGAAAUAACGGAGAGCCCCCGCAAGGAAACCCUAGAAAUAACGGAGAACCGCCUCCUGAACUAUCUCGUAACGUGAUGCCAGGGAACAAUCAGCAUCAGGCUGGAACCAACUGGAGCUAUGAAGAUCAAUUCAAACAGGUGCGUCAGUUGUACGAACUCGAUAAUAAUCCCAGGCGGAAGGACUUUCUCGACCAGCUCUUCAGUUUUAUGCAACAGAGAGGAACACCUAUCAAUCGGCUGCCUAUCAUGGCGAAAUCCGUGCUGGAUCUCUUUGAGCUUUACAAUUUAGUGGUCGCGCGAGGUGGACUCGUCGAGGUAAUAAACAAGAAACUGUGGCAGGAAAUCAUCAAGGGACUCCGGCUGCCUGCUAGCAUCACUUCCGCCGCGUUCACUCUACGAACUCAGUACAUGAAGUAUCUGUAUCCUUACGAAAGCAAAAUGGAAGCUCUGUCGACCCAGGAUCAACUUAUGCAAGCAAUCGAGACGAAUCGCCGCGAGAGUCGCAGGACCAAUAAUUAUGGUAAUUAUCCUGCUGAAAAUAUGGUCCAACGAAGUAUAAACACUUCACUGACAUCGAAUUCGUUGUCGGCGUUGCCACCGGUGCCGAUAACUCUUCAGCAAAUGGCGGCAGUAGCGGCAGCGAGUGGAUCGCAGCAUCAUGGACCACUAAUGGCAAACGGAAAUUCACACGUUCCGCAUAUUCCUCCUCCUAUACCACAAAAUCUGGCUAAUGUUCCAGAUUAUAUACUAAAGGUGCUGAAUAGAGAAGUGAGCAGAAAUGUCGUCAAUAAUUCGAUGGUCCAUCAGCAAAAUAACACAUCGACACCGUCGCCAACAACACCGGAUGGACCAAUGAGCUCACUCGAAAUCACUAGAUUUACAAAUUUAUUGUACCAUCCAAAAAAUAGAUAUUACGCAGAUAUGAAUCCAUCAUUGUCUCCACCGGCAGCUCAGUCGCCAUUAGUGCCAUCAAAUAGCCCAGAGCCACAGAGAGAAGCUUUAGAUCUUGCAAAUGCAUCACAACGCGGACCCGAUAUGGUAGGUUCUCCGACUGUCGGAUCCGGAACUCCGCCAUUGGCAAGCCGUGGUGUAAAGAGAGACCAUGAAGAGUUUUCACCUUGUUCUUUUAAAAGAGGACACUAUUCUGAUGAUACAUCUCAGAGUCCUGCUGAGAAAAACAGCAGCAUGCGCAUUACACAAGUGAUCAGCGUUGCAGAAGAUGGAAAAAAACAACUGGAAGUUAGUAUGCGCAUUGAUGGUAUUUUAUAUGAAGGUAUCUUACCAGCUAAAGAUGAUGAUUCCAACAAUAGCACUCAGUCGAGCCCUAAUAAUAAAGCGUCGCGAAAUAGUGCCACGUGAAUGCAUCAAAGACGCUUUUAUAUAUAAUAAAUCAAUCAAUAGAGUUUUGCUUACACCAUACAUAAAAGAAUUGAGAAAAUGUUCCAGCGUUUCUAUAGUUAUCGAAUCGACUACUUAAAUUCAUAAUGCCCAAUAAAAGAAGUUUAUCACUGCGAAUUUUUAUGGAAUACGAUUUCGGAGAAAACAUGUUUUCGAUCACGAUUUCAGUCUUUUAGAGAUAUUAUAGAUCUUUUUUGGCUUUCGGAAUUAAUCUUCAAUUUUGUCCAAUCAAACAAUAAUAAAUAAUUUACUUAACUUUUUGCGUGCUUAUCAGAUAAACCUUUUUUUAGCUAUUAUUUGAAUAUUCUUUUCAUUUUUAUUAUAUGGAUGUCCAUAUAACAGGAUCACAAAGAGUGAAAUCGUUCUGAUCGGAACCAAAUAGUUCCAUAAUCUUGUAAAUAGUAAACAUAUUUCCAUGUAGAAACUUAAGAAAAAGUUUAAGAAAAUUUUGCCAUAUUAUUAAUGUUUCUAAUUUACAAACGAAAUAUACUGUGAACUGUAUUGCAUAUACUCCUAUUGUUAUUGUAAAGUUGUAAAUCAUUUCUAGAUUUCUUUAGAUUUUUUAUUGAACACGCAAUUUAAUACGUUCGCGACGCAAGAUGUCUAUCUUUUGAAUCUAUUUUGAGAGGUGUAAUUUCGUAAAAAAAAAAAAAAUGUCUUAUUUGCCCAUUAAUUUCAAUUGUGUUUUAGACAAACAAUAAGGUGUAAAUUAGAUAUCAGAUCUCAUUUAAUUAAAAUUUAACAAAACAUUUUUAGUUUUAGUUUUUUAAUUCUUAGUUUAGUUGUAAGUAAUAAUUAAUA